AUGGACCUGCCCGUUGAUUCUACAUCUGGAGUCUUGUCCAUGACCCAAACUGUUGGUUCAAACUUCAAAGGCUCUCGUAGUAACCAGUCUGCUCUGGAUUCACUCACUAACAAUACUGCUAGUCUUGGACGCAGCAACACCACUGGGUCGUUGCAUGCCGAUAUCGCUUCUACUCAAGAUAAUCCCAUCGAGUUCAUAUUGCCCACUCUCCAGCUCAUCAACAGCUCUGAACAGACUGGGUCUGAUAUAAAAGGAAGCCAAUACGUUCAUGACUAUUCUGAAUCUACUAUAAAUGCCAAUAUACUGGCAAUCACUGGAGGCAUCCCACCGCUAAUACAAAGCCGAAAGGUAUCGACAACUAAUAGAAACCCUGCAAAAAGGUGGCAAUGGCAGCCUUUUACUCAUUCAGCUAGAUUGGAUAAUUUCAAACUGUACCAUUGGUCGUCAGAUCCGAAAGCUACAGUGUGUAUUGUAAUAGAUUCAAUGUUUGCCUCACAGAGCGUAAAAGCGUCCAUUAUGACUUAUACUGACGAAGAAUACGAAUCAUAUCUUCAAGUCCAUGUGCUAUUGAUUACCCGAAUUUCAGAUCCAAGCUGGACAAGAGAGGAAACAGAUCAACUGUUUUUGCUAUGCAAAGAAUUCGAACUCCGGUUUUUCGUUAUUGCCGAUAGGUUUGAAACAAACACUGUCCGCACAAUCGAGGACAUGAAAGAUCGAUACUAUUCUGUAUCAAGAACUCUAGUUCUAGUUCGAUAUGGUGCACAGGACGCACAAGCAAAGUUGAUGAGUGCCAAAUUUGGAUACGAUAAGCCACGCGAAGUUGAGCGGAAACGACUACUGGCUAAACUCCUUAGCAGGACAUCGGCUCAAAUCCAAGAAGAGGAAAUCAUAAUGCUCGAGUUGAAGCGACGCGCUUUGAACGAGGAUCGAUGGGUUAAAGACCGCGAGGCGAUUCUCCGCUCACUCAUGAACAACGAGCUGCCAAACGAACAAAUAGCCAGUACACCACAUUCUGUAUCUUCAGUCGAGAUUAAGAAAAAACGUAGAUCUGUUCGAGGAGAUGAGACACCUAUUUCAUCUACUGCCGAUGCUUUCAAGAAUUCAAGAAAAGAUCGGACUAUUGACGAUUCACUAUUAAGAAAAGAGAAGAUUCCUGCUGGCGUGCAUCUGCGGAGUUCUAGAUUUCCUCCAAUCAAGGCUUCAUUGCAGGCCAAGGUGUCUACAAUGAUGAUUGAGUGUGGAGCAGGUAUUCUUCCAAGUAUGCCUACGACGGCUGUAUGUGCCAAAUUUGAAGCUAUUCGACAAACAAUUGUUGCAUUGAUUGAAGGGAAAAAGAUGCUGGAUCGACUCGAACAUGAGUAUAAAGUGACUUUGAUUCGGAGAACAACACUCAAGGAUGGAAUCGAAGGUGGAGUAAAGCCUGCACCAUCAAUCACGGCUGUCACCUCUGCAGUGAAUCAUGGCACUGCUCUCCAUGCCACGCUCGCAGCUCAGACUCCUGUUUCUACACAGAAGCGACCCAGCAUGACACCUCCUUCACAGCUAAGAGAUACAAAGCGACCUCGCCAUUGA